AUGGGCACAUUGUCGCUGGAUGAUUUCGAGGAGGUGAGAAUAUCGGCGCCGUGGGGCCACAUAUCGGGUCGCUGGUACGGCAAUCGAACGGAACGGCCCAUUCUGGCGAUUCACGGAUGGCUGGACAAUCUGGGGACCUUUGACCGGCUGAUACCCCUGCUGCCCGGCUAUUUGGGCGUGCUGUGCAUCGAUCUGCCGGGCCACGGAAGGUCCUCCCACCUGCAGCCCGGCAUGCACUACAGCGUCGACGAUUACGUGUACAUUAUUCCGCUGGUAAUGAGGGAAUACGGCUGGAAGACGGUCUCCCUCUUGGGGCACUCCAUGGGGGCCAUCCUCAUGUUUGUCUAUGCCGCUCUGGCGCCGCACACUGUGGACAUGGUCAUAUCGCUGGACAUUCUGGUAUCCGCUUGCAGGCAGCCGGACGGCAACAAUCUGCGGCUGUCGGCGCAAAAUAUGGAGAAGCAUUUGCGGGAGGACCAGCGACUGGUGGAGGGCAGCGACGGCGAGCCGCCCGCCUACACGCUGGAGACGAUGUGCAGGGCCCUGGUCCAGGGCAGCUUCCAGUCGGUUCGCUACGAAGUGGCCCAUCACAUACUCCACCGCCAGGUGACCAGGUCGGAGGUAUAUCCGGAGAAGCAUUACUUUUCCCGGGAUGGGCGCAUCAAGUUCAUAAACCACGCCUACCUCGACGACGGCCUGUUUGCGGCGAUGGCGCGUCGCAUCGAGAGGAAUCCCUAUCUGAUCAUCAAGGCCUCCGAUUCGCCGUUCCUGGGGCCCAGCGAGGCCUUCUCUAUUCUCAGCGAAUGCAAUCCAAACUUUGAGUUCCACGAAGUGCAGGGCACCCAUCAUGUCCACCUCAACGAGCCCGAGAAGUGUGCCCAGUACAUUGUGCCCUUUCUCAUUCGCCAUCGACCUCCGACGCUGGACUCCAAGUCGUCCAAGGAGGGGUCCCAGGGGUCGCAACAGCCACGCUUUCAUCCAAACAGCAAACUCUAA